AUUUAUCAGAAACUGGAUUUGGAUGAAUCGAUAGUUAUUUAGCAUCUCUGGCUAUAUUAAUAAGUCUAAACAGGACCGGCUUGUGUUUUUACUAAAAAGGUUCACUAUCAAAAUGAUUACCGACGUGCAAUUGGCCAUCUUUUCAAACGUUCUGGGCGUAUUCCUUUUUCUGCUCGUUGUUGCUUACCACUACAUUAACGCCAACACGGGAAAGUCGAGCAUUAAAACAAAAUGAUCUUUCAGGUUUCCGCAAGUUAAUUAAUACAAGUAUCUUAUAAUGCAAACUUCGAGUAAUAAAAUGGUAACAUAAAGCUUAA